UCAUUGAGGGCAGCAAGUUUUUGAUAUAAUGAUACUAAAUUUUGUACAGUUCAAAGAGUGACUAUGGAUCUAUUUUCAGGUAACUGCUAAAUGACAUUACUUCUAUUAUGUUUCAGCUAAAUAACCAAAACAGCCAGGGUCAUUACCACUGCCAUUACGAGAACACUAGCCUGAGUGACCCCGGGGCAUCAGUCAGCACCUAUGUCUACCUUUUUUCUAAUGAAGAAGACUUUGCCGAAAUGGAUCCAGAUCGGCGUCAAGGCUCCAGCAUCAAAGGGAAUAUCUGUGGCCAAGUGGUACUAGACUGCAGACCCACCCAGCCCAAUCUUACAGUUGUUGUUGAACAUGGUGACGAGGAGAUCCACCGGGGUCCUUUGGAGGAUCCGAGGGCGGGCUAUGAGCUCCGAAACCUGACAGAGGACAGCUCAGGAGAGUAUCGGUGCUCUGUUCAUAACUUCAGUAAGACUUUUGAAGUAGAAGUGCAAGGAACUCUGAAGCCGCCAAAGUUGGGCAUCACCAAGAACACAUUUCCAGUGGUGGGCUAACAGCAUGAAACUUUUCU